UCCCCCCGCCGCUCGCGCGAUCGCGGCUGCUCGCCAGCCCAGCGCCGCUCCGGGGAGCGCAGUGGCGGCGGCGGGAAAAGGUUGCGGACCCACUGCGCCACGUUGCGCACUCGACGACGCUGUCCCGGUCUCGACACCCUCUGCCCGCUCCUGGAGCAGGUCCUAUUACUGCUGGAUUAUGCAAGAUAUUUAACCCUGUUUUCUUUGAGGUAUGAUUUAAAUAUUAAACAUCUUAAAUAAGAAAAGGGAAACAUUUUAGUUUUGGAAGUCAGCAUGCCAAGGAAAAGGAAAAAUCUUGGGGGAAAUCCUUUUCGGAAGACUACAAGCUCUAAGGAAGUUGUUGUAUCCAGUGUUGCUAGUCAUGAGGCGCCAACUCCGACUCUUCCUUCCCUGUGUGAGACGAAAGUCCAUCAGGAAGAACUCUUCACCAGUCUCUCAGAGAUGUUUUCUGAUCUGGAUCCUGAUGUAGUGUAUUUGAUGCUUUCUGAAUGUGAUUUCAAAGUUGAAAAUGCCAUGGAUUGUCUAUUAGAAUUAUCUGCCACUGACACCAACGUAAAAGAAUCGUCUUCAAAAAGCUUCAUUGUUUCUGAGAACCAAGUAAGUGCAGCGGGACGUGAAAUAAUGGAAAAGUGUCCUCCUGAAGAAGAGAGUGAAGAUUCCAAAAUGGAUUCAUUUUUGGACAUGCAGCUAACUGAAGACUUGGAUUCCUUAAUACAGAAUGCUUUUGACAAAUUGAACUCUUCUCCUCAUGACCAAGGGUACUCAUUUUUGCCUUUGCAAGAUGUUAAUACUUUUAGUGACCCAAGUGCGUUUGUAAACUCAGAUUCAAGUAGUACCAUUCUUUCUACACAAAAUAUGGAUUUAAACAGUGAAAAUCUAGAGAAUUCUGCCUCUACUUUAAGUUCAAACCCCUUAACUUCACAUUCAGUUUCAAAUGAAUCCAAAAGUUUUAUAAAGAAUAACACAUUGGAAGAUUCUCUUCUCAGUAGUUCUUUAAAUGUAGUAAAGGAUGCUGUGGGUGGUUGUAGCAAUCUCAGUCAAAGAGAGAAAGAGCUUUUAGAAUCUGAGUGUGUUGAGGCUCAGCUCCCUCAAGCUCCUGUAGAUUUGGAUGCCAGUGAACCUCAUGCUUCUUUAAAUCUUACUGUGCAAAAUCUGGGGCUCGGUUUACUAAGUACAGGGAGGGAUCAGAAAUCUGCUUCUACCCCUGAUGUGUUUGUACCUUCUGAAGAAUUCAAUUUCAAGCAACACAAACACAGUGAAUUGCCACCAAAGGGGAAGGAUGUGAAUUACUGCCCAGUACUUACCCCUCUCCCUCUACUGCUGCCGCCUCCCCCACCUCCACCGAUGUGGAAUCCAAUGAUCCCUGCUUUUGACCUCUUUCAAGGAAACCAUGGCUUUGUAGCUCCUGUUGUAACCACAGCUGCACACUGGAGACCGGUCAACUAUUCGUUUCCAACCCCAGUUAUUUCUCACCCAUCCUCAACAAAGGUAUGGAGAAAUAAAGAGGGAACAAGUGCUUAUCAAAUACAAGAAACUCCAGUUGCUCAGGUUGUAAGAAAGAAGACAUCAUCUUAUGUUGGACUAGUUCUUGUUCUUCUCAGAGGGCUUCCAGGAUCAGGCAAAUCUUUUUUGGCAAGAACCUUGCAAGAGGAUAAUCCGAAUGGAGUCGUUCUUAGUACUGAUGAUUAUUUUUACAUAAAUGGACAGUACCAGUUUGAUGUAAAGUAUUUAGGAGAAGCACAUGAAUGGAACCAGAAUCGUGCAAAAGAAGCAUUUGAGAAGAAGGUAUCUCCUAUAAUAAUAGAUAAUACAAAUCUACAGGCAUGGGAAAUGAAGCCGUAUGUUGCUUUGUCUCAAAAACAUAAAUAUAAAGUCCUUUUCCGGGAACCGGACACAUGGUGGAAGUUCAAACCAAAGGAACUUGCAAGGCGUAAUAUUCAUGGGGUAAGCAAAGAAAAAAUAACAAGAAUGUUGGAACACUAUCAACGUUUUGUUUCAGUGCCCAUAAUCAUGAGUUCUUCAGUUCCAGAGAAAAUUGAACGUAUUGAGUUGUGUGCAUAUUCUUGUGAGGACAGAAAUUCUAGCCCAAGAGACAAUGAAGAUAUUACCUCUGAAAAAGAAGAAAAUGUUUUAUCCUCAUCUUUGAAGCACUUAGAGUUCAUUGAAGAGAAGAAGCUUGCAGUGACCGAAGAAAAUAUGUCGCCUGAGAAUGACACUUGUCUUCCUAAUGCAUAUUUAAACAAAGGAAGAAAAGAAAUAAAUGGUAUGAAUCCUGACAUUCAGAGUGUUUUCGUUCAGAAAGUUCCAGAAAUGUAUUUUUCUGAUUCUGAAAGCAAAGUACGAGUAACAGACAAAAGUGAAAAAGAAGUAGAAAUGGCUUCUGAAAAAGAGUGUGGUAAAACUGACGCAGAUAGUUUUGUAGAAGGAGUGUUACCUAGUAUUAGCUAUGGUGAGAAUAAUCAGGAAGUCUGUGAUCUUUCAAAUACUAUACCUCUUCAAAAUGAAAAUUCUUCACCUGGCGAAAUAUUGAAAGGAGGAGUAAUGGUAAAGAAAAACACCUUUGGAAAACAAAAAAGCAAAUCAACUUUGGAAGAGUUUCCACAACAUGAGCUAUCAAAUUUUGUUGGUGAUUGGCCAGUUGAUAAGACUAUUGGUCAGAGGACAAAAAGGAACCGAAAAACUGAAAAAGCUUUAUCUGUACAAAGUGACAAAAAGUAUAAUCACCCGCCAUCACGUAAAGUAUUAGAUAAUAGUCUAUCUAUGAAUGUAGAUAAUAUCCAGCAGCAAGGAUCUCCACAUGAAAAUGUAGAGGAUGACAAGUCACAGUGUGAUGAUGCUUCAGAAUCUUUCAGUAGCUGUAAGUAUGAUACUUAUAAAAAUACUGAAAACUCAUUCAACAUUGUGGGCAACUGGCCUUCAUCUGAUGCUUUAGCUCAGAGAGAGCAUAGAUCAAGAGUGCCAAAGACUGGUUUAAAUGAACCCAACCUAGAAUUUGGAACUAAUGAUAACAUGAAUGAAAUACCCUUAUACACAGCACAUGAGACCUGUUGGGGGACAAGCCCUGAAGACCUAAAAACGUUGGGUAGCUAUUCUCUAGGAAGUUCUGAAAUGCUGUCCAGUGACAUGACCUGUGAGAAUAAGACUUGUCCAAGUGAAAAGAUCCAUGGACAACACACAUUGUCUCUUACUUUUACCAAUACUUCUCCGACUAUUCCUGAAGUUGAAUUUCCAGAAGGAAGGCCUCAAGAAGUCCCAGGAAUAGAAGUAGACAUGUGUACACAGACUGAACCACAGGAUUUUGCUCUCUUAUGGAAAAUAGAAAAGAAUAAAAUUAGUGUUUCAGAAUCUGUGAGAGUAUUAAUAGGAAGAUUAGAUGGAUUUAAACCAAAAGAUUUCAAUAUUAACUCAAAAUUAGAUGUUCAGGAAACAAUUCCAUAUAGGGUAAUGUAUGAUAAAAGCACGUUUGUUGAAGAAAGUGAGCUUACCAGUGCUGAUGAAUCUGAAAAUCUUAACAUUCUUUGUAAACUAUUUGGAUCCUUUUCAUUAGAAGCCCUUAAAGACUUAUAUGAGAGGUGUAACAAAGAUAUUAUUUGGGCCACAAGCCUUUUGUUGGAUUCUGAAACUAAAUUAUGUGAGGAUACUGAAUUUGAGAAUAUCCAAAAAUCAUAUGAUGAAGCACAAACUGGGCCAUUUUCUCUGGGAUUGAAUUUGAAGGAAAUUAUUAGCCAAAGAGGAAUCUUAGAGGAUUCUAAUUCUUCUGUGCCAGAAUUUAGCCAUGCAGUUGUUAUCACUAACACUAAUGUACAUACUACCAAUGAUUCAGAAAAGGGAAGCUCAGAGCAGGCAGAAAUAAUAGCUAUAACUACUGAAAAACCUGGAUUAGUCACAAGUGUAUUUCCUAGCGCCACUGUAGAUCUAAAAAAUACUAAUGAAGUACUUCCUAAUAAUCAGGCAGAACUAUCAGGUUUGUAUAACAUUAACCAGUCUUUUACAGGUACACUAAAAGCUACUACUGUUCAAGAUGUGAGUGAAGUAGAGAAGAAUCUAGAAGUCACAGAUGUUGGAGAUAGUAUUCAUUCUUUGAACUUGUCAGGUAUUUUAAACUCUGUAUCAAGCACUUCAAAUCUUGAAUUAAAUGAAGAAAUUUAUUUUACUGACUCUUUUGAAAUAAAGAAAAAUGAAAAUCUUCCAAAGGAUUAUGCGAAAUUUCCAAACAUGGAAGAAUUUAUGAAUGAAGAUGAACAGGAAAUGGAAAAUAUUCUAAUGGCAGGGAGUACUUUGUCAACUGGAAGUAGUGAAGAAAUAAAAACUGAGAUGUUGAAUCCCACGCCAGUGAUGACCAAAUCUCUGACCAUAGACUGUCUGGAAUUGGCAUUACCUCCCGAACUGGCUUUUCAGCUCAAUGAAUUAUUUGGCCCUGUUGGUAUUGAUUCAGGGUCUCUAACAGUUGAGGAUUGUGUGGUUCAUAUAGAUCUGAAUCUGGCUAAAGUGAUUCAUGAGAAGUGGAAAGAAUCUAUAAUGGAGCGACAAAGACAGGAAGAGGUAUCCUGUGGCAAGGUUAUGCGAGAUCCUUCCCUGGUUGGGCAUAUUGGUCUUGAUAAUACUGAACAAAAAUCAUCUCAGAGAACAGGCAAAAAAUUACUGAAGACUUUAGCAGCAUCUGAAAUGGAUCGUUGGAAUACUCAAACUAAAAAAGUUUCACUCAGAGAAAUAAUGUCAGAAGAAAUGGCCUUACAGGAAAAACACGAUUUGAAAAGAGAGCCUCUUAUGUUUGAAAAAGAUUAUGCCACUAAACUAAAGGAGAAGCAGCUCUUUAAGAUAUUUCCAGCCAUUAACCAAAAUUUUCUGGCGGACAUUUUCAAGGACCACAACUAUUCAUUAGAACACACAGUGCAAUUUCUAAACUGUGUUCUUGAAGGAGACCCUGUAAAGACAGUUGUAGCGCAAGAGUUUGUUCACCAAAAUGAGAAUGUCACUUUUUAUACUGCACAGAAGUCGAAGGAGAAAAAGGCAAAGAAGUCAAAAGAGACUGAAGAAAUACCCAGUGAACCAUCCUUUCAGGAUUUUGAGUACCCAGAGUAUGAUGAUUACAGGGCAGAAGCUUUCCUGCACCAACAGAAGAGGAUGGAAUGCUACAGCAAGGCAAAAGAAGCAUAUCGAAUGGGGAAAAAAAACGUUGCCACGUUUUAUGCCCAGCAGGGUAGUCUCCAUGAGCAGAAAAUGAAAGAAGCCAAUCACCUUGCUGCCAUGGAGAUCUUUGAGAAAGUCAAUGCCUCCCUGCUGCCCCAGAAUGUUUUAGACCUCCAUGGGCUGCAUGUGGACGAAGCUAUAGAACAUUUGAUGGCAGUUUUACAGCAGAAAACUGAAGAAUUGAAGCAGGAUGGUGGUAAGCCCUAUCUCACAGUAAUUACGGGGAGAGGAAACCACAGCCAGGGAGGAGUUGCUCGCAUCAAACCAGCCGUCAUUAAAUACCUAACAAGCCAUAGCUUCAGGUUCUCUGAGAUUAAACCAGGGUGCUUGAAAGUCAUGCUUAAGUAAAAUAAACGUCCUUGACUUAGAAGAGUGAAAGUUUGUAGGUUAAUAUUAGUUUUAUUUGCAUUUAGUAAAUUUUACUCUCAACAUGUGUUUUAUUAGAAAUAAUGUCUAGUUGUAAAACAAAAAAACGUGAUGUUUUUCAAAAUUUAAGAGAAAUUUAAUUUUUUACUGAGUCAAAUGCUAAAUAUGUCUGUUAAAAAUAUUAAAGAAAAUUUUUACUGAUUACAAAUUGUCCAGGAAAAUUAUCAGCUCCAGUUUUAAUGUUUGAAAGUGUGCUGAUUCUUUCUGAGAGAGAAAAUGUUAUCUUUGUACUAAUUAUUUUACAUUUAAUGAGGUCUUAAAGGUGUCUAUUAGAGGUAUUUAAAGUGCUUUGAGAUCUGGUUCAUGACUUUCAAAGGCUGGUAUUAAAAAAAGAAGAAGAAGAAGUAAUGAAAGAAAGAGCUAACAAAGACACUGGAAUGCUUUCAAAACAAAAUUUAAAAAAUAAUUUUAUUUUGCUACAUCCUACAGGAAGGAAGACAUGCUGUUGCACUUUCUUCUGGUUUGCGUUUGUAUGUGACCUUGAUCUCUUAACAUUUGUUUCUGUUUGUCUGUGUGUGUGCAUUUUCUAGGAGGAAAGUUGGGGUCUGAGAUUAUAUUGCAGUUUUAUACCUUCCAUAGGCAGAAAAGUUUUCAGAGAAAGAGAAAUGGCUAGAUAUCUACCAGUUGUUGCCGACUUUUGGAACUGCUUCUAGAACUGUCUAUAUAAGUGGUAUUUAAGACAGUACUAAAGAGUUAUCUUUUAUAUUGAGGCAUGUAAUUUCUAAACUGUAGUAGGUCAAAAUCCUAGUAACUAAAAACAAAUAUAGAAAACAUUUUUGAUAUAAAAGGAAUUCUUACAAUUUAAAAGUUUUUUACCUUUAUUUUUCAAAAAGAGCCAACUUCCUAAAAGAAAACUUUCAUUGACUUCUGUUUUUUGGUGAGCUCAAGUCUUGUGUGUCAAUUAUAAUUUCCUUUAUACAAGUUUAAUGUGGUAAAGUAUAAUUUUCCAAUAUGAGACAAUGGCUUAAAUAAAUUUGACUUUGGGGAUAUGGAGAAUAUUUUCAACAUAUAUAAUGUUAACAAUUAAUUGUGUUGCUUUUUGAUAAGCUUAAAAAGUUAUUUGGAUAAAGAAUUACAAAAUUGAGCUGUUACUGAAGGAAUUCUGAAUUAUAGAUUGGCUUCCCAAAAGAACAGACAUUUUAAUGAAAAUAAAACUCAAAAACAUGUUUUUAUAUAUCAUGAAAGCAUGCUUUAAAAAAAAAGAACCGUAUUGUUGAUUUUACUUUCACAAAAAUAAAAAUAUGUUUAUUAUUUUUAAAUGGUUACUGACUGGUAUUGACGUAUUAUUCACAUUCUUAUGUUUGUAAUAAUUUGUUAAAAAGAAGAAAAAAAUGCCAACAGUUUAUCAUAUGUUUUUUGUAAUGCCUAGAAGAGUUGUAUACAUUAAAAAUAAAACAAUUUUGUUCAACAAUUUAUAAAACUGCAGUUAUUAGUUAAUGAUGCAAAAUAUUUUUAUGUAUAAAUUAAUACAUAAGAAAUGCGACUAACAAUACUAAAACCUGGAGCUAAUUGAGUGUGUGCAGCAGCAUAUUCAUUUUUUGUGUUUUCAUAUUUCCUCACCCAGUUUGAAAAAAAAGUUGCUUUUGAGCACUUCAGCUAGACUUAUUUCAGUAUUAUUAUAAUUAUGAUUGAUGUGGGAACAGUCAACAAGAACAAGAGGUGAGAUAUUUUUUGGGCAGAAACCAAAUGAAAACAGCUAUAUUCUAUAUUGUAUCAACUUUAAUUUUAUGCUGUAUUUUGGUAUAUCUAGGGCAUUAAUCGUCAUUCAUAAAUAUAUAGGCACAUUUUAAGCAGUAAAUGUAUUUUUAUGAAAUUGCUUAAUCCCAAACUGCCACCUACCCAUCUAGCAUAGUUUAAGCAACACAUAAUUACAAGUAUGAAAGAAAAUUGUAUAAUUAUUCCAUUCUUGUUUUUCCAUUUCUAAAUCCUAUGUGCCAAAGGUAAACAUAGUUUGGUGAUUAUCAGAUUUUUCUCUUUUGCCCAUUUCUAAAUCCUAGGUGUCAAAAGUAAAGAUAGUGUGGUGAUUUUCAAAGUUUUCAUGGGUUGUUAUAUUUGUGCUAAUACUUGAUUCAUUAGAAUGGCUCUUUGAAAAAGUAUUUACAUUUGAAAAGUGUAACACUAAAAAAAGUGUAGUUUGGAAUGUUUUUGUAACAUUUAUAUCUUUCAAUAGUCUCACCAGUAUCUACCAGGGGAAAAAAGAGAACUAAUGUGAAACUACAGGGGACAUGGUGUUAGACUGAGGGGACUCUUAAUAGUAUUUUUAGUCCAUCAACUUGAACUUGAGAAAUGGAAGCAUGUUGUCUUACAUUAUUAGCUGUUCAUAUAUCUCAAUUAUAUUAUUUUCAAAUUGAGUUUUUUUUCAAUUUAUUAGUGUUUCCAUACUAUUUGCAAUUCUGUGGCCUUUAAAUAUAGGACAUAGUAUAUAGAAUUUUUUCUUUUUCUUUUUAAAUUCAAGUGUUUUAUAUGAUUAGAAAAAGGACACGUAAUACCAAGAUUCAUUAUUUCUGAGCUAGAAAUUGGAAACUUUGAAACUCAGGAAAUUGCUCUGACAAUGUUUUAACUGUGCUCUCAUUUAAGAAAAUGACAGAAUGUAUAAAAAGACACAAAAAUAAUGUGUGCUGUUUUUUCCAAGUGCUUUUUCUAAAUGCUUUUCCAUUGUGCAAUGAGGUGAAGUUCGAUAAUUUUUCUGUGUAUUGGUUAAAUAUUGCUUAUUUUUAUUUACAUGUUAAAUAAAUUUAAAUGUUUGUGUGGCAAAAAAUGUCAUUUAAAAGAUAAAGUAAGUUUAUGUAGACUGUAUGUUAAUGGUGCUUAUUUGAAUAAUGUAAUCAAGUUUACAGUAUUAUUUAAUGCCUCUUUAUAGAAUUUAAUAGAGAAACAAGACCAGAAUACAUCUAUAUCCCGAAGAGCCUUUUAGAACUUCACAUUAUAUGAUGACAAAUUUUAUUAUUUUCCUUAAAGUUGAGCAGUUGACUUUUAUGGUCCAAAUGAUAACCUGUUAUUAACAAAUGACUGAAUUAACCGUGAAACUGCUCAUUAAAAUACAACAUUGCAGCUAUCAGUUGGAGAAUAUAUAAUAAAAUUUUCAGGUGGUGUAUCAGAAAUGAAAGCUUUUAUUUGUACUAUAAAGAAAAUGUAAUUUUGCUGUUAAUGCUAUACUUUUUUAUUGAAAAUGUUUUAUAACUUUGCUUUAAAAAAUUUCUUAUGAAACCAUUUGCAAAGUACAUACUUAAUUUAAUAAAAUACUUUAGCCACCA